AUGGACGGUGUAGCAACAUCCUCUUAUAAACUACCCAAUGGACUUCGACAUGCUCAAAGUAUGGAUAAUGUUUCAUGGGUUUCGAGUCCACGAAAAAAACAUUGGCCAGUUAUUGAUGAGAAUUGUCCAUUACACGGUUCUCGAGGCAAAUGCACUUGUGCAUCAUUUGUUAACGAUGAUGCUAAUGAUGUAGGCAGCGAUGGAAUGGGAAGUUCUGAAUCUCUUAAUCGAUCUUAUGAUUUCGGACAACGAAAUAAUGAAACUAAUGACAAAAAUGAUGAACUUGUUUCUGCAAGUGUUAAACCAUAUAAUAACAAUCCACCAUUACCAGAUACUCAACGAGAUAUUGUUGGUAAUAAUCUUCAUUUUAGUUCAACAUCGAUUAAUCAUAGUUGGAUCGAUAAUGAAAAUGAUCAAUUAGCUGCUUUACUUCUCUAUCGAGAUGCUUUGAAAAGAAAUUUAACAACAGCUACAAGAGCUGGAGGUGGUUUUCCAAGAAUGCGUCAUGGUCGUAUCGGAAGUCAAUGGCGUCAUAUAAAACAAACAAAUACAUAUUCUGGAUCAAAUCUUAUGUUUAUCGAUGGUACAGUACGAAUUGAUGAUAGUUUUAAAUAUCCAAUACCUCGUUUUGGUUAUCCACCAAUGAAACGACCACAACAUAAAUUUUCAUCAUCUUAUAAUGAUUUAUCUUUUACAUCAAAAAAUCCAGCAACACAAUCAUUAGAUGCUUUAACUUGGUCACAAAACCACCUGAAUCAACAUAUAAAAAACCUACAUCAACAAAUUAUUCGACUAUUAAUAAAAAAGAAUAUUAAGUAA